GGCUCCCGGCGGCCCUCGCGAGGGUUCCGGUUUCUGAGUGCAGGAGAUGGCGGGGGUGAGCUCCGCCGCAGUGUCGGGAGCUGGCACCCCUGUGGCCGGGCCCUCGGGCCGGGACCUGUUCGCCGAAGGGCUCCUGGAGUUCCUACGACCCGCCGUGCAGCAGCUCGACUCCCACGUGCACGCGGUUCGGGAGAGUCAGGUGGAGCUGCGGGAACAGAUCGACAAUUUGGCCACAGAACUCUGCAGAAUCAAUGAAGACCAGAAGGUAGCUUUGGAUCUGGAUCCCUACGUGAAGAAGCUCCUUAAUGCCAGGAGACGGGUGGUUUUGGUGAAUAACAUCCUACAGAAUGCUCAGGAGCGGUUGAGACGGUUGAAUCACAGUGUUGCCAAGGAGAACAUUCGACGGCGGGCCAUGCUGGAGUCUGGGGGUUACCCUUCUGGUUCCCCAAGCAAAUAAUGCUUCUCAGAAGUUGAACCAGAAGCCAUCCCUGCUAAUUGCCCUGCUUCAAACUUUAGACUUCAACUGUGAUUCUAGAAGACACUGAAUCUGUACUGACUUGGAGCACUUGGAGCUAGAUUAACCAUUUAGAUUGGAACCCCAGAAAUAGCCCCUUGACUAAAUUCUGGUUGAAAAGGUUCCAUGAGAAUCAGUUGAUAAAUAUUCUUGUUUCUAAAGAGCUAUUUAUAAAGAAUGCAAAUUUAUAAAUGGAAAAGCUGCAUACUCCAGCACCCUGAAUCAAUGAAUGACCCUGGGUGGCACUGUUCCUCCUAGGUGCUAAGUUGCUGGUUCCUGAACAGCUUCUCUCACAGAGACGUCUACUCUUUUGCUUGCACUGAGGUUUGAGGGGGAAGGAUCUUGGUGAGGAAGCCUUGCCCAUCUUUCUAUUGAUUGCACUAGCUUUCAGCUGCCACAGUAGCAUUUCUAUAAUUGUAUAAUUCAAUAAAUAUCAGAGUAUUAAUGCUGUAAUACUGUAUUUAGGUUUACUCCAGGAUAAAUUUAAGUUUUUGAAGAUAUUUUCUGUGCCUCUCCCUCUGGAAUCAGUCAAAUUUCCAAUCAUUACUGUACACUUGCCUGGAAGGGACUAAGGAAAAGAGAAGGGGAGUGUUACAAUGGAUUAGCAUCUCUUUCUCCAAGUUAUAAUUUGGCAAGAAGCCUAUAAAGUAAAUAUCAAAAACAAGCAAAGAGGGAAGUUCCAACAUUGUUAGCUGCAGGAAGGAAAAGAAUCUUAGAAGGAAACACUUUUUAAUAGUUUCUAAAUAAAAAACAAACAAACAACUUUCAGACACUAACAGUUCACAAUUUCAACAAAAAAAUUCUGGAAGAUUUUGGUCUUUGUGGGAUUUCCAGAGUUGGUGGUUCUGUGAAGGGAUUAGGGGUGUGUGUUAAUCUAUAAAAGAAAAAAAUGCAGGAAGGCCGAUACCUUCCCUUUGUGGCAGAGGCCACAAAUCUGAGACUCCUGUCGCUGAAUCAAGGGAGCAUCAAAUCACCUACAAGACAAUGCUUCUUUCUCCACAGCUUCCAGAGGAUUUGCAGCCUUAUUUUUUCUUCCCACGAUACCCUCACCCUUACACAGGCCACUACCAGGCUCCACAGGGGAUGCCGGUUGCCUUGCCUUUGGCAGCAGAGAC